AUGGCGAACUCGACGAUUCUUCUUGAUUACUGGCCAAGCAUGUUCUGUAUGAGGGCUAGAGUCGCGUUGAGGGAGAAAGGUGUUGUGUUCGAGGCCAGAGAAGAGGAUCUCACGAACAAGAGCCCUUUGCUCCUCCAGAGUAAUCCGAUUCACAAGAAGGUCCCGGUUCUGAUCCACAACGGUAAACCGGUUUGCGAGUCCCUCAAUGUUGUCCAGUACGUGGACGAGGCUUGGUCUGACAAGAACCCAUUCUUCCCUUCUGAUCCUUACGGGAAAGCUCAGGCUAGGUUUUGGGCUGAUUUCGUGGACAAGAAGUUUAGUGAUGCCCAAUUCAAGAUAUGGGGAAAGAAAGGUGAGGAACAAGCAGCAGGGGUGAAGGAGUUUAUUGAGGCAGUGAAGAUUCUUGAAGCUGAGCUUGGAGACAAACCUUACUUUGGUGGAGAUAGCUUUGGAUAUGUAGACAUUGCACUGAUUACAUUCUACAGUUGGUUCGGAGCAUACGAGAAGUUUGGUAACUUCAGCAUCGAGGCAGAGAGUCCAAAACUGAUUGCUUGGGCUAAGAGGUGUAUGGAGAAAGAGAGUGUGUCUAAGUCUCUCCCUGACCAAGAGAAAAUUGUUGCGUACGCCGCUGAGUUUAGGAAGAAUAAUCUCUGA